AUGCUCAGCAACCCCCCCCCUCGAGGGCCCCGAGGCUCCUCCCCACAGGUUCGUGGCAGAGGACGAGGUGGUGUACAAAAGCGCAGAGCUGGCGGCGCAACGACGAGAGUUGAUAAAGAUGGUGACCUGGUCAUGGAUGCGGCUGCUACGACUGCUGAUAAGCCUAGGUUAGGGAGUGGCAGAGGCAAGAUCUCGCCUGGCCGUACAGGGCGUUCACAAGGUCCAGCCUCGCGCUCUGGUGGAAGAGGAAAUCAUGUUUCCGACCGGGCCAAGCAAAAUAUCAUCCGUGGCCUAGGAGGAUCACAGGCGAACGUUCUUGAGUCACGUAUUACAGGAGGAGGACCGAAACUUCAAAUUAGUGGCCUGAAAGACAGCAAAGCCGCCAAAAACCACGAUGGAGGUCUUGAGGCACUACUUUCUUUCCUGGAGCGCAAGGCCAACGGACUAGAUUCGAAGUCAAAUAGAACUGUUAAGAUCAAGAAGUCAUCCAUGGUCGGUGACUCCGUCUUCAUCACUGCCAGUCCAGACGACAUGGCUACCAUUCUGAAGCUGAACAACUUCAACUUCGCUGGAGCAAUCUUGAAAAUCAGAUCCCUUGAUGCAGCUGGAAAGGAGUCUGAAACUUCUGCUUCGACGUCAGAGGUCAAAGACCAGUUACGGGGAGUCCUAGCUGCUAGAUACGAUACUGGCCUGAAGCUCUUGAACCUGUCCGCCCUUGUUGCGGACCCCGGACUGAACUCGAUGGGUAUGUUCAACGGAAGUACCAAUACAUCAAAGAUCUUCCCAGCUUUGAUGAUUGUAUGCGAUGAGCUUUUCAAGACCAGAAGAGAGAAGAGAGAAGCCAUCACCAGUGUCACUCUCGCAGACAAUGGCCUAAGCAAGGUUGACGAAGUUAACCUCCUUGCCGAGAUGUUCCCCGACAUCAAGAACAUCGACCUAUCUCGAAACAACCUCACAGACUUGAGCUCUAUUGACGCAUGGCAAAAGAAGUUCCGCAAUAUGGAGCACCUUAUCCUCGUUGGUAAUCCAAUUGAGGCCCAGCUAGCAACACUUAAGGACGAGAUCAUGAAGCGCUACCCAAAGCUUCACACGCUGAACAACAUCAAAGUCAGAACACCAGAGGAAGUUGCCAUCAAAGUCGCGGCUGACGAAGCUGCGAGAAAUCCAUUCCCAGUUCUUGGACCUCAAUUCCAAGACGUCGGUGGCGUUGGCGCAAACUUCGUCACACAGUUCUUUGCACUCUACGACACCAAUCGUACCGGCUUUCUUGGUCAAUUCUACGACGCCCACUCCAAGUUUUCUCUUGCGAUAAACAUGACGGCUCCAAGAAGUACAGAAGUCUCGGUUCCCGUUCAGCCUUGGUCGGAAUACACCAAGCACUCUCGGAACCUUCUCAAGAUCAACCAUCUGAACGCCAGAAUGAAUCGUCAAUACAAAGGGGUGCAGGAUAUUCAAACAGUCUGGGCCACCUUACCAGGGACUCGACACCCAGAUCUACACACGCAGGGAGAUAAGUACAUGAUCGAAUGCUGUCCAGUCUCUGGUCUUCCAGACCUUACCGGCCAAGCUGCCCAUGGUGUUGACGGACUUAUGAUCACCAUCCAUGGCGAAUUCGAAGACCAAGCACCGAACAACGCCGAAAAGUCACUCCGCAGCUUCACACGCAACUUCGUACUGGGUCCUGGCGCUCCUGGUGGUCCACAGAUCCGAGUCGUCAGUGAUAUGCUUUCUCUCCGAGGAUGGGCACCCCUGCCGCACCCCAUCUCAACGCAAACGCUACAACAACAAGCACUUACUCCAGAGCAACAAGUCCUUCAACAACAAGAGGCUAUUGCAACCCAACUAACGGAGAAGACUGGAAUGACUCUAGAAUAUUCGGCUAUGUGCUUGAACGAGACCGGAUGGGACCUUGAGAAGGCCUUCGCUGCCUUCACUGCGAACAAGGCAGCCCUGCCAGCCGAAGCAUGGAUCGGAGGAGUUCCCAGAUAA